GAGCACGCCUUAGGCAGCAGGGGGAGGGGAAGGGGGCCAGGGCUUGCAUUGCCUGCAAUGAGAAAUUUACCAAUCAGGCCAGAUAGGGGUGCAUUAAAACAAACACAAUUAAAAGAGAGAUACCGAAAAAAGAAAAAGAAACCCGGAGUGGCCAAGUCACUGUGCAGCGAGGCGCACCAGCUGCCGGGGGACUCGCGGGCUGCGAUGAAGCUCCCCAGAAGGGAGGCUGCCCUGGGUUUGCGCAGACACCUGGAUGAAGCAGAAUUGGCCAAGGACUAGCGGGACCCAGCCCUACCACUGCAGCGGAGCCAGAAGAAGGAAGGAAGCUGCAGUCCAGCCUGGGGAGUGCCCGUCAAGCUAAGGGGCGUGCAAUGUCCAGGACUGGGCUGGCUGCCUGCUGAGCCAGAGGGGCAUUGGCCCUGAGGUGUUUUGUUUGUAGAGACUAACGGCCCAGGAGCAGAGGCUUGCAACCAGCUGAUUGCUCAGAGAGUCCCAUCCCUGGUCCCCAGGGAAACAUUCUGGUGUCAUCAGGGUGUUGGCCCCUCAAUGCAAAGCAGCCCCUAGUGUAACUCCUUGGUGCCCGCAUCCCCCAGUGCAGCGUGUCUGUGCAUUUCCCCCAAGGCUUGCACCAUACUCCCUCAGGGGCAUUGUAACCCCCCUCCUCUCAGGGUACCAGACACCUCCCUGUCCAGGGCUUUCUGCCCUCUUAGGAACUUGCCAGCCAGCUCCCCUGGGGCACUGCACCCCACAGGGCGUUGUCCUGGAGGGGAGGGGUAUCUGGAGGACAUUGCAUCCUCAACUCCAGGGCAUUGCACCCCAGGUGCAUUGCCCGCCAACUCUGCCAGGGAGCUGCCCCCGGCUGGCAGAGCCAUGAAGCUGCAGGCGGUGAUGGAGAACCUGCAGCGGCAGCAGCGGGCGCGGCUGCAGCAGGAGCUGGAGGCACGGCAGCAGGAGCAGCAGCGCUCCACACCUCCCCCGCCAGCAUUGCCCCGCACGCCGCCCUCCGGACAUAACUUGCCGUCCCUGCUGGGGCCUCGCAGUUGGCCCGUGGCCGCAGCCAGGACCCCACCCCACCUGAGGGAAGGGGUGGAGCUUGAGAGCGCCCGCAUCCAGCGCGCCCAGAUGGCUGCCCUGGCCGCUAUGCGGGCAGCAAGCAGCUGGACUCAGCCACUCUCCCAGCCCGGAAUGUCGGAUGAAAGCCAGGCCAGAGAGGAAGAAGAGGAAGAGCAGGGGGGAGAGGAGGAAGAUGAGGAUGAGGAUGGCAGGUACCAGCAGGAGAUGGGCUCGGAGGAAGAGGAGGAGCUGAAGCGCAAGUGGGAUGAAGAUGACUUCGAAGAGGACAUGGGGGAGGAGGAGGAGGAAGAGGAAGAAGAAGAGGAGGAGGAAGAGGAGGAAGAUUAUGAAGAGGAUGAAGAAAUGGGGGAGGAUGGAGGGCUGGGCUCUGCAGAAGCGGUGAGAUCUGGGCCGGGAUCUCUGCUUCUUCGCAAGCCGCAGGCCCCCCAGCAGUACCGAGGUGAGCCACAGAGGCUGACGGGGGGCCAGGAGCGGCUGUCAUCUGGAUUGAGCCAUCAGGGACACUUGCAGCUACAGCAGCAGGCUCCAGACCACGGAGACUGGACUUACGAGGAGCAGUUCAAGCAACUGUACGAGCUGGAUGGCGAUCCCAAGAGGAAAGAAUUCCUGGACGACCUCUUCAGCUUUAUGCAGAAGCGAGGGACCCCCGUCAACCGAAUCCCCAUCAUGGCCAAACAAGUGCUGGAUCUUUACAUGCUCUACGUGCUGGUGACCGAGAAGGGGGGCCUGGUGGAAGUGAUCAACAAGAAGCUGUGGCGGGAGAUCACCAAAGGGCUCAACCUGCCCACCUCCAUCACCAGCGCUGCCUUCACGCUACGCACUCAAUACAUGAAGUACCUGUACCCCUACGAGUGCGAGAAGCGAGGGCUCAGCAAUCCCAACGAGCUGCAGGCCGCCAUCGACAGCAACCGGCGAGAGGGCCGCCGGCAGGGCUUCGGGGGCUCCCUCUUCACCUACUCCCCCAGCGGCACCCCCAGCCUGCUCUCCUCCCCUAAGCUGCAAGUGCCUGGCCUGGGGCUGGCGGCCACCAACGGUGGCCCCAUCUGCCCUGGGCAAAAGAUAAAGAAAGAAGAGGACUCGCCCAUCCCAAUCACCAUGCCCAGCCGACUCCCUGUGUCCCUGGCUGGCCACUCGGUGGUAGCAGCCCAGGCAGCGGCCGUGCAGGCAGCCGCAGCUCAGGCAGCGGUGGCCGCUCAGGCCGCGGCCCUGGAGCAGCUGAGAGAGAAGCUGGAGUCCGGGGAGCCUCCGGAGAAGAAGAUGGCUCUGGUGACGGAUGAGCAGCAGAGGCUGAUGCAACGAGCCAUCCAGCAGAACCUCCUGGCCAUGACGGCGCAGCUACCCAUGAGCAUCCGCAUUAACAGCCAAGGGACCCGCUCGCCAGAAAACCGUCAGGACUCCGGCAUGAGCCUGACCAGCAACGGCACGAACAGCAUCAGCAUGUCAGUGGAGAUCAACGGCAUCGUCUAUACAGGUGUGUUGUUCGCACAGACCCCGGGCCCCUCGUCCUCCUCGCUCCCUUCCUCCGCCUACAGCAAAGGAAACAGCGGCAGCCGGAGCAGCAGCAACAGCGUUGUGGGGGGCAGCAGCGGCGUCUCCCAGGCUGCCCCGGCUGCUUCGUCCGCCCCUCCAACCUCUACCUCUAAUAACUCUUCUUCGCCUUAGCCCCCUCUCCCCUAACGGCAGCGCCUCAUCUCACCAAAAGACAAAAAAAAUAAAAAUAAACCCACGCGUGGAGCUUCUAUCACAGCUGAUGCCAAAAACCAAGCUUGCAUCUGGCUUUCCCAGGGGGUGGGGGGAGGAAGCCCUGUCUCCCCCUCCUCCUGAGAGGACUGGAGAAAGUUUUGCAAGGAGAAAAGCUUUAAUCCAGGGGGUUUCAUUAAAAGCAGCCUGGACUCUGAGCCAGUCAUUACUUGUUAGCUUUGGAGGUGAUGCAUCGUCCUCCCGGAACGCUUUACCUCACAGACACCCUACUUUGCACUGUGCGUUUGUUUUUUUUUCAGUGUUGCUGUUUGAAGUUGUGUUCUUUUGGAUACCUCCAGACAGACACACAGUCGCACCGACGCCCGCGGGCUUGUGUUUUUAAUGAAACCUCCCCACCUUUCGUUUCGUUUCUUUUUUUUUUUUAAACCGAAACCAAAAUUUGCAAAAGCGGGAGGAAUUUGAAUCCUUUAAAUCUUUUUAAUUUUAAGAACUACACUCAGCAUUUUAUGAGGUGGUUAUUUGGAUCUCUCUCUCUCUCUCUUUUUAUUUUUAUUUUUUGUAAAUAGCUUCUAUUUUAUUCUCUAAAAAAAAAAAUCAAACCUUAACUCUCAAAAACGAUAUAUAUUAGUGUUUGUUCAGGGAAGCAGGACUUGGAAACCUUGUAACCUCUUUUUCUUUUUUUCUUGUCCUCGUCUGAUGUUGAUCUUUGGUCGAGUUCGAGCCGCGCUACUUUCUUUCGAACGCUGGUGACGCCCGAGGUUCGGGAGAGAGCCAGGGUGACCCCACUGAACGAGCUCAGGUGUUUGUGUGCAGGGUGGAAGGGGGCAGGAGGGAUUUAAACAAGCUCCAUUUGGAGAUCUUAGGGUUGAAGUUGCGUCUUUGAGCUGCAGUUAUUAGGAGAUGGUUUUGUAUAGCUGCCUCAUUGGGAAAAGUCUGCUUUUCUAGGAUCCGUUUCCUUCAGGGAUAGAGGUAAAGGGGUUAGGUGCUGCCUCUUCAGGCUCUCCGCUCCGCAGCUAGCUGUUGGACCUUGGUCCUCUAGGCGCUUGAGCUGACCCUGAUCCAGAAAAGUACUUACGCAUCUCCUGGGCUUCGGGCAUUGCCUCAGUGAAGCCGGAGGGGUUACUCACGGCUCCAAGUUUAGCAGGUGCAUAACAGCGGUGCUUUGGCUCAGGGCCAGAGUGCGCAGCCAAGGGCAGGCGGCAUAAAGCGGAGCUGUCUGCACGGCCAGCCUGCUUCGUUGGGGUCCUGCAUCAGCAAAGCGCGUGGUCGCGGCCCACUGGCGGUAAGGGGACUUCAGCAAACGCUUCACAGUUUGGGUUUGAGAGCUGUGCGGAGGGGGUUGGGGGUGGCGUGGGGAAGGCAGUGCGUGUGGAGGUGUCGGUGCUCGACACCCGUAGCCUGCAGUAACGAUACGCUUGCCCUGGCUGGCAGGAAUUCUCCGGGCGUAACCUGAGGGGCCGCAAAGGGUGCGAUUCCGGCUUGUAGGCUUUGGAGGCAAAAAAACAAGUUUUGCAUCACGUGACUGAAUGGUAAAGCUCCCCAAACUCUACUUCCCAUCCCCGGUCCAGAGCACCCUCCCUUUCCCUUUGCCUCUUUUAUUCCCUAUGAUCUGGACCUACGUGUGAGGGAAUUAGGUUCCCCACUCCCAUUGAUUGACUUGCCCCUAAUUCCAUCUGGCUUCUUUGAAAAUCCGAGGCUUAAUCUUAAUCUGUGGUACAACUGAUGCUGCACCACUGAGGGUCCUGCUUGCAGCUGCCUGUAGUUACCUGCAAUUUGGCGUCAUCACAAGGGACCGGUUGGCCUGUUACACUUGGUCUGUUUUGUAUUUUUCUCGCGUUUGUUUAAUUUCUCGGUGGAGGAAAUUAACGUCAAUGACUCCUCUGCUUCCCCACCCCGCCCCCUCCCAGGGAACCCUGUUCCCAGGGGCUUACAGUACAAUUCUCUCCCUGUAAUUGGGUCCAGGGAGCAUAAUUUAAUGAGCUCUGUGCUGUGUGCCGUGUUCCUGACGUGAGAGCGGGGGCGGGGUUAUUCUGGAGGAGAAACUCCAUUUUAGAGACUAUUGAGGGCUUGCGGCAGAAUUCAUCUGUCCAGCUGGGAAGUCUCCUGCAAGGUGCUGAGUGCCAUUAAUUCCCACCGAAGCAGCUGCGUGUUGAACGUGCCCAGCACGGCUCAGGAUUGGGCCUUAGGCGUGUGUCCGGCUGUAGCCAUGUGUUUCCUCUGCCCUGUCCUGUGGCACCAGAGAAUCCUUACCUGCAUAAUAGCCCUGGCCCAUAAAGGGCCUGAUUUUGAUUCUCGGCUGCUGUCAUUUACACCAGCACAGAGGGUAGGCGUGAAGCGAAAGUGCUUUUGCACUGGUGCGAACAUCUGCGCAAAGGGCAAAGCAAUGGAAUGGAGACCCAAGGCCUCCCAGCUUGGCCUGUCUUGCAAACAACGGGGGUGGAGCACUCUGGAUUUUUUUUAAACGACAUCUUUUCAUGCUGAUUUUUGUGCUUUUCCAUUUGAUAAACUGGCUCCCAACCUCCCCAGCCUGUUUUUCUAGUCACAAGCCGCUCUGACUGCCUCCCCUGACCCUGCAUUCUGCCAGCAGCUACCAGCCUGAUAGCUCACUGCUCUGCUGGAAACCAGCACAGAGAAUCUGAUCUAAAGGCAAUACUAUAAUGUAGAAUCCAGACUGAACACGUGCCCUCUCUGCCCCCGUCCCCCCACCCCCGCCCGCCCUGCUGCUUUCGCCAGAUUCUGGAUACUUGUCACACCUCAUCGUCUGCUCAGGGCUGAAACAGCAAACUGGUUCUUUGUAGGUUUCUUUUCUUUUCUUUUCUUUUGGACAGGUGAAGAAAAUAACCAGAAAAAUCAGGUGUGCUAGAUAAAAGUCAAGGAGAUUCCUGCUUCACAUCUUUCUGCACCAUUUUCUCUCUGGGUCAGACGUAGCAUGGGGGAGGGGGGGACUCUUUCCUGAUGUCUCCUACGGUGUUGCUGGCGAAAAGCAGAUGUGAGGACUAGAUAUUUUCAGCAGGGCUCAGUGCUCUUUAGCGGCACUGAAACAAGUGGGCAGAUUUUCAAAGGAAUCCAGCAGGUUGGGUCGUGCGCGGUUUGUGAAAACUGACCCGAGAUGUCACAAUAGAAGCUGAGCACUCAUGCUGUUCUAGCCCUGGUGGCAGGCAUUGAGCAUUUGAAAAUAAGGCCCCACACCCCAAGAUUUUUACACCUCAGGCCUUUGGUGCUCCCUGUGCCGCUAGGCGGACAAGGGUGGGAGCACUGCCAUGAAGCAUAUUGUUGCAGUGAUAUUUUUAGAAUGUGCACUGGGAUUGUUUUUUUUUAAUCUCCAUAGUGAAUGUUAAAGAGACACCGUGGGCUUGCCGCAUUUCUGUCUGAACAAGUUCCCUGGCAUUGCUGCAGCUAACCUGAUGCUCCCUGAAGAUUAGAGACAGGACAAAAUCCCUCUGGGUUAUUUUUAUUUUGUUUCCCUCUGUGCAUCUGACAGUGCUUUAUGUGUGGUCAGUUUCACUGUUUUUCCCCCUCUGCGGGGCCUGAGCCAAAUCCCACUUCAGUUUCCACUGACUUUGGUCAAGCCCCUAGCGCCUCAGUUUCCCUUCCUCAGAGUGGAUCUUAAGGGGAUUGUGAAAGCAGGGAAAUCGGCAGAGGGACUGCAGAGCAGGUGCAAAACCCUCCUGCUGCCUCCAGGUCAUUGAAAUUGACAAGAUCUCAAGUUGAUUGGGUCCCUCCAUAAACGGUCCCUUAAAGCUCCCCUGAGUGGUUGCCCUAAACCAAUAGUCACUGAACCCAGGUAUUCAUGCCAGCAGACACAUCUCCCAUCUAGCUGAGAUCUAGCCAGGAAUACCCUCUCAUGGAAAUAGCAGGAUGGUCGUGACCCCUAGGUUUUGUCAUAUACGGUGAUUCUUCCUCUGGGGGUGGGGUGGGGAAUGUUGAAGCCGUAACACGUUCUCUGGGCCAGGACGGUUUGUGCCAAUAUCAUAAUGGCAGUUGGGAGUGUGAGUUUUUCCCAUUAUAGCUAUACCAGUACAGAUCCUAGUGUGGCUACAGUAAAGCCAGUAUAAAGGUGACUUGUACCAGUAGAGCUGUUUCCCUUCUCGUACAGCAAGAGCACCUUUCUACCUGUGUAACUGCGUCCCCACUAGUUGGGUUAUGCUGCUUUAACUUUACCUGUCUACCUGGGGAGGGAGGAGCCACGAAGCUGCUUAAACGUGAUGCAGAAAGAGACUGGAUUUAGUCCUGUUAAAUGUUAAAAGCCUUCUCCCUAGCUCUCUGGUACAAGCGUUAAUCAGCUUUGUCAUGCAGAGGGAGUGGAGAUGUGUCCUCUGCCCUGGCCUUAGACUUGAGAGUGGGCUCCUCUCUUUUCCCUGGGGAAAUGUGACCAGUACGGUGCAUGUAUCAGCUUCUCAGGGUACAUACCUGGGAUGCCCAGGGUCCUGUUGAGCCCUGGUAUAAGUGGGUGCAGCCUCUGUUGAUUUCAGUGGACUUGGCAUUUGCUUAGGCCACGGCUGACGUUGGUCUCCAGUGCCUACCGCGGAAGAAAGGCGGCUGCUCCCGGGUGGUGGGAAAGCAUCUUUGUGAGUGUUGUGACCUGUCUUCCGCUAAGUGGGAUGCUGACACUGCUGAGCUAGCCAGAGGGGAAUGCUGGCUGUUCCCUGUUCCCAACUAAACAGGCCUGGAUCUGCUCCAUUAUACCCCUGCAUGCCCAGCAAUGGGGCCUCAUUGCUCAGCUGUGGACCCAUUUUGAAAUCCUGGGCACAGAUGGUGCAUCCUCCCUGCCUGUUGGUCGCACACAUGCCAGUAACCCCUCAGUAAACAGGAGAGCCUGGCUUGGCUACGCCUUUAUUUCCCUUAUUGCCGAGAUCCUGGAGGGAGGUUGUGCCUUUCAGGGCGGUGUCCAGGCUUCUCAGGUGGCUGAAGGCAUCUUGGCCUCCCGGAAAAUCUGGCUAGAAAUGCGCUCCCUGUUCAGACUUGUCACUCAAGUGCCCCUUUGACCUUAGAGGCCAGGGGACGUGUAUCCUCAUCAAGCCGCUCCCCUCUGUUCCGUCCAGCCUGGCCAUUGCAUCUUUUCUUUUUAACUAGGCAGCUGUUUUGUAUUUUAAAAAGACUGUCACCGAUCUCUAGGUUAGUGAUGCUGCCGUAGCUCCUUCUGGAGCACCCGGUAUCAAACCCACAGACGCCAACUCUCCCAUUGACUCCAAGCGAGCCAGACUGAUGUGCCUUUGCCCAGCCUGCUGCCAAGUUGCCUGUAGAUGCAUUCAGUGGCAAUUAGCAUCUCGCUCCUUGGCCCCUUCUCUCCCCGUGGCACUGCUGCCAGAUUCCUGGCAUGACAGUUCCUCCUUAGGCAGCACAGCAACGAAUCAGACCUCCGGUGGUUUCUAUACCAAGAGCCAGGUGGGAUGAUCUCCAAGGGGCGACCUUUUUAAUGCCCUAUGGGACAGCUCCUGCAGAGAAACCAAGCUAGCGUCCAUCUCUCUCUGCCGCCGCUCAAGGGGGGAGAAUAUGGAAACAAAGGGAUCUGGUGAGCGAGGACCAGCUGUAGCAGCAGGCCGCUGGCGAUACAAGCUGCCAUCAUGGAGAAAGCAGGGUGUUUAUAGAGGGAGGGCUCACUCGACUUCUUCAGCCAACCACCAGAAUCCACUGAAGUCAAUGGCACAGCUCCCACUGACUUCAGGGGACUUUGGGUGGAGCCUGGUGCCACUUGGGAUUAUAGAUAGAUACAUCUGUACUUUAAGAGACUGUUUCUGAGUGCUCCCCUCUUGUCCUGUGCAGACGCACAGAAAGUUAUGGCCCUUUGCCGCAUUGCCGUUUUCCUUCCCUUCCUGCUAGCCCCCAACGCCUUCUGUUUCCUUUUGCUAGAUCCUGGCUUUGGAAGCCUUCCUGGGCUGCUGCCCUCAGAGCUCCAUUUUCAUGGAGCCUGGGUAGCUUUGAAAGGGGAACAGCAAAGCUAAAGUGAAAAUGGAGCUCAGCCCAGAGAUAGGAGCUGGCUGCUCCCCACCAGCCGGCACAGUAACAUGGGGCUUCAUCCCUCCUGCAGACACCUUCCAGCACUUCAUAGGUCUUGCCUCCAUCUGCCCUGAGUCACCAGAGCCCUUUGAUAUGCUUGGCUGAAUCGGGCUGUGUGUGUUUGCUGGCAUCCGAUUUCACAGAGCAAGGCAGCCUCGAGCAAACUAAGAGCCACCCCUGCAGCCUGACAAACGGGACCGAUUUCUAGACUCCGUUCCAUUCCCCUUCCCGCUGGGCGGUUCGCUCUUUACGCUCCUGCCGUGGCAUUGACCCUGCACGCUGGGACCAGCAACCCUGCUAACCCGCAGCCUACGUUCAGUAUGCAACUCAGGCGAGAUCAAAGAUCCUGAAACCCUCUCUCGGUAGUUAGAUAAAACGAAGGGUUUUCCCCUCUCCCACCUCCUCACUGCCAAAGCCUGUAGCUUGAGAAGUCUCCUGGGCACAGACCGUACGUCUGACUUCGUCGCUGAGGGGAUCUGUGGCUGUUCUCCGCCCAUGUUGGGUGCAGGACCAGUGAGGGGGCAUCUCUGUUCUCCAGACGCCCCAGCCAGUCAGGCCCUUGAGGCUUGACUCUGUGCCUGGCCUGGAAACGUAACCUCUCUCAGAACGAAUGCGUUGCUCGCCUUGUGUAAGGAGCCUUAGAAAGCGGGGUGGGUUGGGGGGGGAGAAAUUCUAUAUCAAAUUCUAUAUCUCGUGUGUGUUUUGAGUGUGUGUAUAAAGCAAAACCAACCAACCUUCGGGGUAAAACGUGUUUCUUAUGCAAUCUGGGCUCUCAGAGCAAGAGCAGGAUUGUAACUCAGGGGAAAAAGACCCGCUGUCUGGAUCUGAUUGUACUGGGUAUUGGGGGGAGGGAGAAGGGGCAGGGCAGGAUUUGCUUGCUGUGUCAUUUAUUUUAAGUUCCAGUUAUUGGGGGGGGAGGGGUUGGGGGGGAGGCGGUGUGAUAUCUUAGGCCUGAUUUUUUAUCCAGGAGAAACUUGCCUUAAAGCUGCCCAGCACGACAGGUGGGUGACCUGGGUUUCUCCCCAGUGCUGGCUCCGUAGGAGAGGCAGCUUUGCUAGGGUAGCUUCCAGCUUGUCUCUGCCCUGCUCUCGCUGCAGGAGGCCGUGCGGCCGCAAGGAAAGCUGGACCCGACCACUACGGAGAUACUUGACUUCAGAAAGGGCUGCAUGCAUCUUUGUGGGCCUGCUGCCUCGGGGCUGCGUGGGUGAUCCCGAGGGGGACCCUCAAAUUCCACCCCGGGGACAGCUAGUGUGUGGAAAGGGCUUGUCUCCCACACCACCUCACCAGUGGGCACUGCUCUGCGUCUGGGCUGCCCCUGCUUUUACCGGCAGCUAACCCAGCAGCCCCUGAGCCGGCUACACAUCCGGGGAGGAUGGGUGCAGGGGCUGGAGUUGCCUGCAGCCCAGACAAGCCAAAGGGCACCUCUGCAUGCCAAACACUGGACAGCCCAAGAGUCAUUCCCCACCCCCAUCCCCUUAACUCUGGUUCGUGGCCCCCAAAUCCCCACUAGCCCGGAGUUCUGCUGAGCCCAUCUGCUCACUUCGGAAGGUCGGGCUAGGACGAUGCCGUGGAGCGCUUGCCGCCAGGACUCGUACGUGCUGUUUUAGGGCCUGCCUGGCUACCUUCACAGAGAAAUCCGGCGGGAUGGCCCCCAGAGGACUCUUCGUCACUGGUUUUUGUGCUGGGGGUGGGGGGGUGUUUAGAUUUUUAGUAGGUUUUGCAUUUGUACAGUCCCCAUUUUAUUCCUCUCCUCACUCCCCCCCACCCCCCCACUAAUGUUUUGGUUGGGUUUUUUGAUUUUUGGGGCGGGGGGCAGGGAGAGCAUAUUACAUUCAGUUUUUUUCCUUUUUGCGUAUCAAUUUUUAAAAAAAUCAGUUUCUCUGGGGUUUGAAAGGCAAAAGGAAUGAACACAGCUGCAGAUGCAAUUAUACAGCAUGCAUAUCUUAACUCAGGUAAAAAAAAAACACAAAAAAAAAGAAUUAAAAACCACAUUCUACCUCUGAUAACGGCGGGCCUCAGGCUGCCUGUCCUGGGAAUCCCGCGGUGAAAUAUUUCAGUUUUGCAGAAAUUCAGGUAUUAAAACUUUGUGAUUAUUAAAUAAAAUAAAAUAAAAACACUGAAAGUUUACAUUUUAUAAUAACAUUAUUAUACAGAUUGUAUUUAAACUUCAGAAUAUUUAAGACAAUUGUAACCCUGUAAAGUUGAUGAAAUAUUAAAAACAAAAACAAAAA